AUGCAGGCCCCACCGGACACAGAGAAUCCUAUCAAUGCGGACGACGCGUCCGAGGUUGGAGACUUCCACGAGUCUUCGUCGUUGGCGUCUCUCAGGUCGAGCAUUAUGGAGAGUCAAGUAGAGAAUGGCAGAACUUAUCAUUCUUUAAGCGCAGGGAAAUAUAGCUAUCCCAACGACGAUAGAGAAAGUGAACGUUAUGACUUACAACACCACGUCUGGUUGGUGUGCUUCGACGGCGAAUUGGCACUCAAUCCUGGUCAUAAGACUGCCAAAAGAGUUCUCGACCUUGGAACCGGGACGGGCGUAUGGGCAAUCGACUAUGCGGACGCCUUUCCCGCUGCAGAGGUCAUCGGCGUCGACCUCAGCCCGAUCCAGCCUGAAUGGACACCUACAAAUUGCUUCUUUGAGGUUGAUGACCUUGAGAAGGAAUGGCUAUGGAAAACCCCCUUCGACUUCAUCAUGUGCCGCGGCAUGGCCGGUGCCUUCGCUAACGUACCUGCUAUCAUUCAAAAAGUCUAUGAUAAUCUCACUCCUGGUGGCUGGUACGAGGUCGGUGAUCUCGCCCUCCCCCUCGGUUGCGACGACGACACCGUGUCCAAGGACUCAGCCCUUUGGAAGUGGCACGAUGCUGUUUAUCAAGCAUCGAAGCAAAUAGGUAGACCGAUCGACAGUCUGUCGGUUCACAUGGAUACCAUGAAAGCGACGGGCUUCGUUGACGUGAAGCUCCACGAGUUCAAAUGGCCUCUCAACCCGUGGCCCAAGGACCCGCACCUGAAGAUCCUUGGCGAUUGGCAAUUUCACAACCUAAGCAUGGGCCUCGAAGCAAUCUCACUUGCUCUCCUUACGCGCGUAAUGGGUUGGACCAAGGAGGAGGUCGUCGCACUAUGUGCUCUAGCGAGGAAGGAGCUUCGCAGUCUCAAUAUCCACGCGUACUGGCGGAUACGGUGUGUGUAUGCCAGGAAGCCUGAGACAGGAGAGGAUGAGCAGUAG